UCAUCAUUCGAAACCAAUAUAUAUAUUCCCACUACAAAAAGUAUAUGAGUUAUUAGGUUUUAUAAACCUUUCCAGCAGUAUAUAUUCUUAAUAAACUCAAAAAAUGGCUGUUAGCUCCAGAAAUUUGAGCAGUUAUAGAUGCCCUCUAAUGGCAUUAAGGCACAGCCGACAAUCCAAUCGCCAUAGCCGUGCAAGUGGAGCAUACAUUGCCAAGAAACAAACAUGCCAACUGGUGAAUUAUUUCUCAACUUUGAAGCGCAUGGUUUCUCGGGAUCCGCCGGAGCUCUGGCUAGCAAACAAGAAAAUCACUGAGCUAAUCCGAAGCGGCCGACUUGAAGAUGCAAGAUUUUUGUUUGAUAAGUUGAGGCACAGAAACAUUGUAACGUGGAAUUCGAUGCUCACGGGAUACAUCCAACGUCGGGAAAUAGCGAAAGCUCAGGACUUGUUCGAUGAAAUGCCUGAGCGAGACGUUGUCUCGUGGAAUUUGAUGAUUUCUGGUUACAUGUCUUUUCGCGGGAGUGCAUACAUAGAAUAUGGAAGAUAUUUGUUUGAUCGAAUGCCCAUGAGAGAUAUCAUUUCCUGGAACACAAUGAUCAGUGGGUAUGCCAAAAUUGGGAAAAUAGAUGAAGCGUUGAAGCUUUUUGAUUGUAUACCCGAGAAGAAUGUAGUAUCUUGGAAUGCAAUCAUUUCCGGGCUUUUGCAGAAUAGUGAGGUGAAGACUGCUAUAGAAUUUUUCAACAGAAUGCCAAAGCGAGAUGCAGCUUCUCUUUGUGCGCUUGUGUCAGGGUUGAUCCAGAAUGACAAAUUGGAUAUUGCUGCAAAUGUACUGUUUGAUUUUCAGAAAAUUGGUAAUAAUAGUAGUGAUCUUGUUUAUGCUUUUAACACCUUGAUUGCUGGGUAUGGUCAGAAAGGCAGGAUUGAUGAUGCUCGCCAUCUUUUCGAUCAAAUUCCAUUUUAUACUGAUAAGGGUAUAGGACAGUGUAAGAGAUUUGAAAGGAAUGUAGUAUCAUGGAAUUCAAUGAUAAUGUGUUAUGUAAAGGCUGGGAAUAUGGUUUCUGCUAGGGAGCUUUUUGAUCUAAUGGUUGAAAAGGAUACUUUUUCCUGGAACACAAUGAUAAGUGGUUAUGUCCGUAUCUCAAAUAUGGAAGAAGCUUCAAAUCUCUUUUCUAUGAUGCCAAAUCCAGAUGCAUUUUCAUGGAAUACGAUAAUCUCAGGGUAUGCACAGGGAGGCAAGUUGGAACUUGCUUGUGACUUUUUCCAAAGAAUGCCCCAUAAGAAUUGUGUCUCCUGGAAUUCUAUGAUAGUAGCAUAUGAGAGAAAUGCAGACUACAAAGGAGCAAUAAGACUUUUAAUUCAGAUGCAAUUCGCAGGAGAAAAACCUGAUCGGCACACAUUAUCUUCGCUUCUAGGCAUUUGUGCAGAAACUGUAGCUCUGUGUCUUGGCAUGCAGAUUCAUCAGUUGGUAACAAAGACUGUCAUUCCUGAUGUACCGCUAAACAACUCCCUCAUUACUAUGUAUGCCAGAUGUGGGGCUAUAAUGGAAGCAAGAUCCAUUUUUGACAGGAUGAAAUUUUGCAAAGAUGUAAUCUCUUGGAAUGCUAUGAUUGGAGGGUAUGCAUCCCAUGGUUUGGCUACCGAAGCAUUUGAACUUUUUGACAGAAUGAAGGAACUUAAAAUGAAACCGACCUAUAUCACAUUUAUUGCAGUUCUUUCUGCAUGUGCUCAUGCAGGUUUGGUGGAGGAAGGCCGUUUCCACUUCAAAUCCAUGGUUGAUGAAUUUGGUAUCGAACCAAGACUGGAGCAUUUUGCCUCUCUUGUGGAUAUUGUAGGUCGUCAUGGACGAAUUGAAGAGGCCAUGGACAUAGUAAAAAAUAUGCCCGUGGAACCAGAUAAGAUUGUCUGGGGGGCAUUAUUGGGUGCUUGCAGAGUGCAUAAUAAUCUGGAGUUUGCACAAACAGCAGCUGAAGCGUUAAUGCAGCUUGAACCGGAAAGCUCUGGCCCUUAUAUGUUACUAUACAAUAUGUAUAUGGAAGCUGGAAGAUUGGAUGAUGCCAAUGAGGUCAGGAUGAGGAGGGAGAGAAAUAGUGUAAAGAAAGAACCAGCCUACAGCAUGGUUAAUUCUAUCUAUCCAUAAUAAACUUUAUCUAAUUGAAAAUCAUGUUACAAUAAUUAAUUGUGGCAUGAGAUGUCUAUACAUUUGGCUACACCAUCAUGUUAGAAGAUGGCGAUUGCUCAACACAAGGAGUUGCGGAGUGGGAAUUUGUUUUUCAUUAACUGGGAGUGAAGUUGAUUUUGUCAGCAAUUGAGGGCUUUUCUUUUUGGUUUCAUGGCCCCCGACAUCUGAUAGUCACACUACUCUGGAGCUGAGCUAUUGUUAGAUCCCAUUUGGAUGGAGUUCUCCCACCUAUUGCUCUUUUCACAAGGCUCCAACCCAACUAAAUUCCUUUAACCUGGCCCAGUGGUCAUUCAUAGCCUAUGGUGUCUCAGUAAAUAUGACAAUCAUGGAUAAUGCUCUCAAUGAUCCACUUCAAGUUUUUGGCACAGAGAUAAUGCUGGAGCAUCUCACAGUUUCUCCCUAAGCUCUAAAUUUUCAGACUAUAGCCAUCUUCAUAUUCAUCUAAACCAAAUUGAAGAAUGCCAAUGUUUUAUGUUGGGCAAAAGAGGCACCACGAGCAAGUGGAUUGCGAAACUGGAAGGGACAAGCCUUCUUGCAAGUGUAUCAUAAACUAUUUGACACCCAUGCAUGGUCAACAAUUUGUUCUUUUUUGCUAGUACUGUCUUAAAGAUCUCCUGUCUGCAUAUCUCGAGAGAGCAGGCCAAGUAGUGAGGGCAGCGACUGUGCGCAACUUGAAGCCAAGAAGGAUGAGGAUGUUGUGGCGAGACAGCACCAACAAAGAGGACUGCGCCAUCUAUGCCAUGCGACAUAUGCAAAUGUACAUGGGUAAAUGGAGCAAGGGCUGGGAGUGUGGUCUCGAAAAAGGAAACCGGCAAGAGUUAAGAAACCUACACGACAUACUCAUGGCUGAUAUAAACACGCACAGAGAUACAAUUGCCACACGCACAGCUGAAUGCGAUAGAAGAAUUAAGAACAGGAUCCCGUAGUGAGCCCUUAGGUGCCGUUGGGCUGUAGGAGUAUGAACUGUUUUUUGCUGGACAAUUCUUAGUUGGUAAUUUAAAUUAAGAUAGACAAUGGGUAACAAUGUGUCGUCGUUAAAAACGUGUUGGUAGCGUAGAGACCAUUUUUGGCAUUCCUGUGGUUCUUAUUUUCA